UUAAAAGGUAGGAAUCCUCUAAUUUAAAGGGUAGGGAUCCAUUGCUUUACAGUUAAGUGCAUUAGGAAAUGGUUAAAAAGUUAAGUUGCAAAUUAUUUGUAUCUUUCUCUCACCUGCAGACUGCAAUGUUGGUCUUCCUAUAUUUCUGUCAAAAAGUUUACUGAUUUUAGUGACUCUGGAAGAAUGAAUUUCUAAAUGAAACCUAUGAUUUAGGUGUGGUUUCAAAAGCAACCCAUCCUUCAACCACUCGCUCAUUAGACCGAAUUUAAAUCAGACUGCUUGACCAUUAAAUAUUAUUAAAAAAUAACUCAUUUAAAUAAUUGUUUUCUUUUACUACCUGUGUUAUAUAGUUUAUCAAAGAAAAGACAUGAAAAGUAUGUUUUAAAAACCUUUUUAUUAACACACAAACAUCUUAAGCCCUCACUGUCUAUGAACUAAAAUGCACUGAAGUUUAUAUUAAGGCACAUUAAAAUAUAGUUAACAUGACAAUAUGUGAUGCAAUAAUGGUGUGAAUGAUGUAAUAAUAAUGGCCGUUUUAAAAGGCAGAACAUACUAUAAUUCACAUUUUGAGGAUGCCACAGUGAUAAAUAAUUUGCAUUAUUUAUGUAUUAAUUUAAAAUUGUAUUAGUAAUUUGGUUUGGUAUGGAACUAUUCACAAACCACCAUUUGCAACAUCCUAAGAAUGUUACAUUUACAGUGUUUGGAGGUACAGCUACAACUACGGAACUAUUCAUUUUUCCAAAAUUUGAAAAAAAAUGUAAAAAGUCGAUUAAAAAAACUGAUUUAAAUAAAAGAAAAUUAAUGAACACCAAUGCUUUAUUUACAGUAUGAAUUAGUUGGUCUCAGUAAAGCAGAUGGUCUGGCUCUCCCAAGUGCAAUUAUAUUGACUGUUUCUUGAUAACCGCACAGCUGUUUAAUCAUGUUGUCUUGAGAUCAUUAGAAAUAUGAUUUAAUUGGUUCAGUUAAAACUACAUCAUUUAUGUUGCAGCUGAUUCCAACUGGUUCUUAUGUCAAUUGAUGUCUGUAGACACUUUGUGAACUGCGUCAUAAACAGGUGUUCAAACGGUGAGGCAAUCCCAUGAAGAGACAUCUCUUUAUUUUAUAGAUGAUUAAAUAUUGCAAUGCCAGCUAAAGAGUGUUGCCAUUUAAAUGGUCUGUGUGCGUAAGUGGGUCCCUAUUAGUAACAUCUGCUAAUACAUAAUACAGACAGUAUGUUGAAUGGACUAAACAGGGCCAGGACUUAAUACCACCUUCAUACCAUUCAGCACCCUGCUGGGGGUUCAGCGACCCCUUUAUUACACUGUAACCAAUACAAAUGCAGAGGAAUGCAGUUUAUGCAAGAGUAGUUUGUUCAGAGAGAACAAAAUAUAUUGGAUCGUUAUUACUAAUAUCUGCUAGUUCAUUUGAAAAUAAAAAUACAUCAUAUCUCUUUGCAAGAAGUGCCAUUUUUAACACAUAGUGGGUAAAGCCUUGUUUCUUUAACAGAGGAGACAAACAAAAACAAAACAUGUAUAUAAAUGAUUCCACACCAUGCUCUGUGUUGAUACUUGGAGAGCAAUGCUUUCCCCAAAUUCGGCACUGACCUUGAGAAAAUUAUUGAAAGCAUUUAGGAGAGUGUUGUCAACAUCUGUUAGACAUUCAAGCUUUAAGCCCUGGUUAGUCAAAGCUGCCAUCUAUAUUAACAGCAUGCAAUACGAGGUCGCCAGUUCACAUCAGAUAUUCCAUUUGCUCAGUUGUGCCAAACCGUCUGUUCAUGUCAGAGAGUGUCUCAGUAAUGUAAUAAAGUCUGUGGUGCAAUUGUGUAAAUAAUCAAAUAAUGGCUUACUUGAAUGAUGAACCAGGCUGAGUCCUAUGGGAUGAUUAAAGUAUUUCUGAUUCUAGCAACUGCUUUAAUGUGUGUUAAAGUCAUUGGAGAUAACAGAACAUAAGCCCUUCCAUUUGCCACAUAUGUCUCAAAUGUGCAGUUGUUAAAGAAACGCGUGGUACAGCACAUAUUCAAAAAUAUGAAAAAUCAAAUAGACAGUAGUUUAAAGAAAGUGGCAGAAUUGAAGUGCUUAUCUAGCAAAUCCCACUUCCUUGUGGCUCUUCAGUAGUGGAGCAGCCUUACUGAUUAACUCAACAGGUCUGAAUGUGCUGUGACUCUACAGCAUUUACUUACUGAACCUAAACCUUCGCGAAAGACCAGAGGAGUUACUAAUUAAAGUCAUGCAGCUCUGGAUUGAGACAGGGCCAUUUUCUUUGGAGCACAUUUGACAGUGUUAUAAUUUAAAAGCUGGACAUUUGAAAAUGUUGCUGGAGUAGCAUGAAGGUGAAAUUCACUACAGUAUAAGCUGUUUCAUAAAGAUCACAUUUCUACAGCACCGAGGCAGUCCUCUCUCCACCUUCCCAUCAGGCUGACAGCUCUUAAACUAGCAUCCCCCUAUAGUUACAAUUCCAGACACUUUACUGAAAUCUAGGUCUCUAAUUCCAAAGCAAGCUUCAUGAGCUUGGCAACAUAGAUCACAAAGCAGAAGUUUACAAAAAUAUAUAUUUUGUUCUACAAAUAAAUAAACAGACGUUAUUCACAUUAGUUUCAGGACCAUGGACAGAGGUUUCAGAUGAAAUUACAUUAAUCACCGAGGCAGAUUUCAAGAUUUAAUGAAACCAAACUCGUUUAAAGUAUAUUUUAAUUUUAAGUAAUGUUUUUUUUUCUGAAAGAAAUAAGCUAUGGUGCAUUUUAUUUAUGUCUUUUAAAACACUGAAUUUCCAGAAAUUAAUAAUUUAAUCACGUCAUGCAUCUCUCCUAACAAAGUAAUAAAAUGCCAUGUGAAUCAAUGUGUAAUCCAGAAAAGAAAUUUAUUCAAUGUAAUUAAACAUUGGUGGUAAUUAUAAAAGACUAUGUAUUUGAUAUGUAAACUGACACUAGUAUGGCUGGAAAAGAAAAUCAAACAUCAAUAAAAUAAAAUAUAUAUAUAAACAUGAACCAUAUGCACACUUCCAGCAGUAUUUCUGGUACUCUGUCUUCUUUAUAUUUUUAAAUAAUUUGAAGCAAGAAGUAAAAUAAUAAACAGCCCUAAUAUUAAAGCUACAUAAAUAGAAAUGUUGCCAUUGGUUUAGACUGUCGUUGUUUUUAUACAUGCUGUUUCUGUAUUACUAUUUAUAAAAAUAGUUUCCUGUUUUCCUCUGUACAAACACUUAUUGUUCAUAUAAACACCCAUUAUUCAUGUCUGAAAACUGUAAUACAUAUUAAUAUCUAACCUUUUAAUAGUACUACUGAAAUAAUACAGCAAUAUGCUGCCUAGUUACACGACCUAUACAAAUAGCUCUUAUCAACCAUAAAAGAGCUGAUGGAGCAUACAGCUUCAAAUUAAAAACAAACAUUUGAAGUGAUAUCUGACACUUUGAAUCAGGACGUACUGUAGGGGCUUGGCUAGUUGUUGUUUUGUGCCCUGCUAUAAUAAUUGCAGCUCUUAGUUCAGGAUUGGUUAAUUUACAGAAGGAAAGCCUACCCAGCUUGAUCCCCACACUGAAAACUGAACAACACACACUCCUAAGAGGCAGCUGGUUUUCUUUAAGAAGAACAGAGAAUUUGGAUACUUAAAAAAAUCAUGCUUUAAAUAAAAACAAGGUUAUUCACUUGCUAGAUCUCUUUUGCAGAUUGAGUUAAGUGUUCAAGCUCUUGCCUGAGAACAGCAGGAUGCUACAUUUUGUCAGGGUGAACACAUCAAAUGACCUUAUUUGCAUAUCUUUCUGAGAGUGCGCAGGACUGAAUUCCAUCUGCAGAAUGCCAUUUCCUAAUUUGACAGUCUCAGCGAACCACAGUGUGGGGGAAGAAGACUUCUAUAGACCCUUUUCUGUUUUCAGUGUUUUAAUAUUGACGUUGCUUGCCAUGCUCGUUAUUGCCACCUUUGUAUGGAAUGUGCUGGUACUUGUGACGAUCCUCAGGGUAAGAACUUUUCACCGUGUGCCCCACAACCUGGUUGCUUCUAUGGCUAUCUCUGAUGUAAUGGUUGCAGCACUUGUGAUGCCUCUCAGUUUGGUGCAUGAACUCAAUGGUCGGCACUGGAGACUGGGGAGGGUGCUUUGCCAAGUAUGGAUAUCAUUUGAUGUCCUCUGCUGCACAGCAAGCAUCUGGAAUGUUACAGCCAUUGCCUUGGACCGCUACUGGUCAAUCACCAGACACUUAGAAUACACACUGAAAACCAGGAAAAGAAUUUCAAACAUCAUGAUUGUUAUAACAUGGGUUUUGUCUGCAGUAAUCUCACUUUCCCCGCUGUUUGGUUGGGGAGAGAUAUACUCAGAAAAUGAAGAGCAGUGCCAAGUUAGCCAAGAGCCUUCGUACACCAUCUUUUCAACAUGUGGAGCCUUUUAUGUCCCCCUGUGUGUCGUCCUAUUUGUGUAUUGGAAGAUUUAUAAAGCUGCCAAAUUCAGAAUUGGAUCCCGUAACAAAAAUACUAUAACACCCAUGGCUGACGUUGUGCAGGUAAAAGAAGCCUCCCAUCAGCCACAGAGGGUGUUCACAGUGCGACACGCCACAGUCACUUUCCAGACGGACGGGGAUACUUGGAGAGAACAGAAGGAGAAGAAAGCUGCCUUGAUGGUGGGAAUCCUCAUAGGGGUAUUCGUUCUUUGCUGGAUCCCUUUUUUCAUCACAGAACUCAUUAACCCUCUGUGUUCCUGUGACAUCCCUCCUAUUUGGAAAAGCAUUUUCCUGUGGCUUGGCUACUCCAACUCGUUUUUUAAUCCGCUGAUCUACACAGCCUUUAACAAAAACUACAACAAUGCCUUUAGAAAUUUGUUUUCUCGACAGCGGUGAGCAACGUGGGAUUUUCUGCAUCCCACAGAGAGACUUUAAAAGACUUCCUACAGUGAACCAAUGUUAAUGUUGUAUCAAGUACUUGAGAAGGCUCCUUCUCCUGUCACAUACUAUCAGUUGUUAAUAUAGUAAUGGGGGGGGGGCUUUAUUAUUAAAAACAUUAAUUAUUAAAAACAAAAACAGCUGAUGCCCACUCAAGCAGUGACUGAGAGAAGAGAAAAAAAAACGAAUAAUGAUUAGUGAACAAAACAUUAGCAACCUACUUUGUAAUUGGAAACCUAUUUUGCAAUAAGCAACCUACUUUGUAAUUGGCAAACACCUUUGCAAUUAGCAACCUACAGGUAGAGGACAAAAAAAUGGAAACACCAAUGUAAAGUCACUUAAUAGGGCAUUGGGCCACUAUGGUAUCCAGCUCUGUGGAGUUCUCGGCGGACCGUUUUUGAUUAAACUGGCAGCUCUCGCCCCAGGUUGAAAUUUGCAGUCAAUUGAUCUGCAGUUGCUCGCCUGUUUUGCCUUGCAUGUCGAAUUAAUGCACGGAUAUCACGAUCCUGGAGUAUGCGCUUCCCCCCACUGUUGCCCUUUGCUGAUGAUGUCUUUCCCUUGGAGUUCCAUGCCGACAUCACCUUAGACACCGUUGCUCAUGAAACAUCAGCAAGUUGAGCUGUCUUGGUCACUGAAGCUCCUGCCAAACACGCCCCAACAUUCACCCCGCUUUCAAAGUCACUGAGGUCUCCUCUUGCAGCCAUGCUAGCCAUAAUUAUAGGCAACCAGGCCUGUCCAGCAUUUUUAUACAUGACCAUAAGCAUGCUGGGAUGUUAUUUGCUUAAUUAACACAUGGGCCACACCUUUGUGGAAGCCCUUGCUUUCAAUAUGGUGUCCCUUAUUUACCCAGGUGUUUAAAUUUUUUUGUCCACUACCUGUACUUUGCAAUUAGCAAUCUACUUUGUUUCGUUUCAAGUUUGGACUUCCGAUCUUGAAGUAAUGCAGUGAACAUUGAACACAUUGAAUUGAAAUGGGCAAAAUAACUAUUUUGUAUGUUUUUGAUCAAAUACAUAUGCUACUUUUUGUGCUGCAUAUACUGUAGCUCAUGGAUCUUAGCAAUGUGAUUAUAACGUUACUCAGUAAAACAUGAGUACAAUCCUGUGUCCAUGGACAGUAAACACACGGUUGAAUCUUAAUUUACCAAUAAGUUAUUGCAAAAAUUAUACGACACUGGCCUAUAUAUCCAACCCCAGUAUAAAUAUUUUAAUAGGGAAUGUACCCACAGUGGAAAACCAGUCCCACUUGUUUUUAACAUUGAUAUUGAAAUUAUACAAUAGGGUUCUGAAAAUAUGUGUUACCUUUGUAUCUUGUAAGGUUUACAUCUUCGGUCUCGUUGAGACGAGAGUAGGAUAAAAGCGCUAAAACCACAAAUGCAUACAAACCCAUUUUGCAUUGUGGUUAAAACGUUCGCUUGCGGUGCGCAGGGUCGCUGGUUCACACCCAGCCUCCACCCCAGUACAUAUCCCAGAGAUUUUAUUCUUUCAGUUUUUUUAUGUAUUUGUUUAUUUAUGUAUGUAUGUAUUUAUGUACUUAUGUAUGUAUUUAUGUAUUGAUUUUGCUUAUGCAUGGUGUUAUAUAUGAACAUGGUGUGGAUUGUGUAACAGUUAUUGCAUGCUUGUUGAAUGAACAGUUGUGCACCUCUUUUCACAGAUGCAUUUAAUUGUUACUAAACGAUAGCAUAAUAAAAAGCAGCUGUGCGCUCGUGUUGUACUGGUAUAUUAUGCUGCAUUACUUUGUUUUAGAUGGACAAUCCCUAAAAGUUUUGUGGAACUUGUGGGUUCUUUUUGGUAUUGUUGUCUUUUGAAAUUUUUCAGACUUUCAGAAAGUGUUUAAAAUGUAACUCUUUCAUGGGGUCAGAGUUUGUUGUUUGUUUGUGUUAGUAUUUUUUUAAAACUAUAAUUUAUUUAUGAAAGGCAAGUAUUACAAUUACUGAACAGUCUGACACAUUGUUACUGAGCUAGUUAAUCGGGUAUGUAACCAGGUUUGGACCAAUCACAGUCCAAAGAGUUUUUUAUUUUAUUAUUAUUAUUAUUGAUUAUUGCUUUUAUGGGACAUAAGAACUAUUUUUAUAGAUAUGUAUAUUAAAAAAAAAGUAUUUUAUAGCUUUGUCCUGAGAAACUUACAGCCCAUAUUACUGAACUCUUUUGCUCUACAGCCAAUGUAUAUGUUUGUAAGUUACACAAUACUGUGUAUACAGUAUUAAAAUGAUGUCUGCUACUGUAAUAAGCUGAUGUUGUACUUCUCUUAAAGGAGUGCUAGCCAAAGAUUGAUGUUACCUCCUGUUGGCACCAGCAACAUUAUCACAUGUGCAAGAAACAAACGACAAGCUGUUCAUUAAAUAAAGGAGAACAGCACUUACUGAGCUUUACCCCUUUUGUAUGAAUGGAAAAAAAGGUUAAAUGUGUUAUCACUUGAAAACAACCUUUCUAAUAAUCUACCUUAGUAAUGUUAUGACUUAUAUACUGUACUUUGUAAGAAUGUCACUUCAUAUGAAUGAAUAAUACAUGGUAUGGAUUAUUAUCUGUAGCCACGAUUCAGGAAAUCUAAAUGAAUGCUGCAUAUUUUGCUUAAAAAUUGACUUCAUGAUCUUCAAAACCAGAUUUCAGAACCAGAAAACAAGAACAAAAAUCUAAAUAUAAAUUGUUGAACUUAGUAGUGGUGUGGUAUUUGUUGACAAUACCAGAGUGAACUGACAAUCAGCAAAUUUUCCUGACUAGAUUUCAAGAUGCAGAUAUGUAUUACCAAAUGAAAGAAGCACUCAUUAUAGGAAGUGUCUGUUUUAUUAUUAUUUUACUUCAUAGCAGCUAGUGAAAAAGAAAUGGACCAAUGGUCCUUACAAAUAUUCUACCUUGUUAAAAGCAGUUCAGCUCCCAGAUGUCGUUGCAACUCUCUAAACAUUUUCUCUCACAUUUCCAGUUGCGAAUGCUGCCUUCUCUAUGACUCGUGCUUUCAGUAUCCCUGCAAAGGGUAUUGUCCUUCAGUUGAUCUAAUGAAGAGACUGGAAUACUGUGUGUGCAAGGAAAAGCGCCUCAUCUUUAUUCACCAAUCGCUGUGACUAAGAAAUCUCUUAAAAAGGCAAAUACCCUUCUAUCAUAAUCUGGCCCUUUUUCAGAUUGGAAAAUAUGAUAUCAUUGAAUGGUAAUACAGUGUAAGAUAUAGGAUUAUUGGAGUGUUAGGUUUAUGUAUUUGAAGAUACUGUAGUUCUUAUCUUGCCAGCUGUCUUUGUUGAUUCCUCUAUCUUAGUUGGAAGGGAUGUUGGCAACAAUAUUACAUCUUUACUAAUAUACACAACCUUUAGUAUGCUGGACUGUGUGUCCCAGCACUAUCCAAUACUGAGGGUAUAGUGUAUAUGUUGUGGUGUAAUGGUUUGUUAUAUUUCUAAAUCACAUGUUUUCAAAGAAAAAUACUUCUUAUUGUUUGUAUUCCUUCAUCAUAGUUUCCAAAGCAGCAGUGAACAUGUUGAAUUUGAACAGGAAUACAAACACAUUGGUUUUCAAGGGUUCUCUGCAAUUUGCUUGGCUUGUUAUUUAUAUUUUUUCUGAAUAUAACACACUUAUUUCAAAGGCUUAUUUCAAAGGGUAUACAUAAUUAUUUCAAAGGCUGUAGAUUCUGUCUUGAGAAACCUUCUGAUAAAGGACAGUGAGGCGUGUAUAACAUUGCAAUACUCACUUGCAAAAUGAAUAAGCACUUUACUGUGUACAGUGUGACAAUAAAAUAGGCUUCAUGAUU